AUGCCUUCACGACGCAGUCACACGAAAUCACGGCACGGAUGCCUCCAAUGCAAACAAAGACGACAUAAGUGCGAUGAAUUACAACCUACCUGCCAGAAAUGUAUAGACCGUGGCGUUACAUGCAGCUACAGUCAAUCGACAUCAUCGCCAAGUAAUGCUACACCAUCAUUUGCAAUACUUUCAUCUUCUUCGAGGCCUCCAACGCCCCCUUCAGAAACCAUAAAAACUUCUGUCCCUUGCGUCCCAAAGAAAGACUUGAACUUGGAGGACUUGGAACUGAUGGUCCAAUGGUGUACCCAUACCAGCCUCACGCUGUCCCGAAACAGCUCUGUCACAUGGAUUUGGAAAUCAGUCAUUCCCAGAAAAGCUGCCCACCAUCCCUUUCUCAUGAAUGGAAUCCUCGCCCUUGCUGCUUUACAUCGAGCGUUUGGCGAAUGCUCGGCAGAUACUCGCGGGAGAUAUUUGGCGAUUGCGCAAGCGCAUCACUCUGAGGCUAUCACCGGCAUUGCGAGAGAGGAAUCGCUGCAAAGUUCAAACGCCGACGCCACAUACGCUCUAUCCAACAUUAUCAUCAUAUUUACAUUUGCCCUUCCGUUAUAUUCCAAACCAAGUCACGAGAUGGAGUAUUUGGACGAGCUUCUCCGCAUAUUUCAUAUCUGCCGCGAGUCAAUAACAAUCCUCAUGGCCGUUGUGCAGUGGGUGCGCGAAGGCCAACUCGCGACUUUGGUAGACACGGAGACAGUUUCUUUUCACCCUUCGAUGGGUGCAAAUCCUCAGCCUGCACCAUACAAUCUCGGAGCUCUGCACCAUUUAUAUUCUAACAUAUCUCAUAUUUACACCGCUGCGGAAAGAGAGACCUACGAAUCGGUAAUUCAAGAUCUUCAGAUUGCCUUUGAGAGCCUUGCAAGUCCUCAAGAGCCAAGCACUGUGACUGCAAUGUUCCGUUGGAUAUUUGCGGUCCGUAGAGAAUUUAUACAAAUGUUGAAGUCGCGUAAACCACUUGCGAUGGUUAUCGUGGUUUAUUUCAGUGUCCUGAUGCAUCGCCUACGGGGUUAUUGGUGGGUAGGGGAUUGGAGCCAAAGAUUGCUCGAUGAAAUCUAUUACACAAUCGACCCGGAGUGGAGGCAGCACGUUGCUCCUAUUCUUGGUUUGCUCAGAAAAUCAGAUAUCCACGACACACCGGAGCAACACGAAAAUGCAGAUGUUCACGUUGACUCAAUUCUUCAGACUUGA